AAACAACAGUCCUAACUUUUGUGUGUUGCAAAUAUAAAAGGCAAGCCAUGUGACAGAGGGACAGAAGAACAAAAGCAUUUGGAAGUAACAGGACCUCUUUCUAGCUCUCAGAAAAGUCUGAGAAGAAAGGAGCCCUGCGUUUUCCCCAAGCUGUGUGACAGAUACUGUGAUGGAUUGCAAGUGCAAAAAGUAAGACACCAUCCCAGCAUACAAAGGACAAUGACAACCAGGAAGCUUCAGCCAGAUCCGACCCUUUCCUUGAAAGGAACUGGAUCCUAGGAGUUGAAGACAUUUGCAAACUUGUAGUCCUCUGUCUCCCUCUGCUGUUAUUCUCGAGAAGUUUUUCCUCACAACAAUGAGAAAUCAUGUACUAGCUGCAUCCAUUUCUAUGCUGUCCCUGCUAGCAAUAAUGGGAGAUACAGACAGCAAAACAGACAGUUCAUUUAUGAUGGACUCAGACCCUCGACGCUGCAUGAGGCACCACUAUGUUGAUUCUAUCAGUCACCCAUUGUACAAGUGUAGCUCAAAGAUGGUGCUCCUGGCCAGGUGCGAGGGACACUGCAGUCAGGUGUCUCGCUCUGAGCCCUUGGUGUCCUUCAGUACUGUCCUCAAGCAACCCUUCCGCUCCUCCUGUCACUGCUGUCGGCCCCAGACCUCCAAGCUGAAGGCAUUGCGGCUGCGCUGCUCGGGGGGCAUGAGACUCACCGCCACCUACCGGUAUAUCCUCUCCUGUCACUGCGAGGAGUGCAGCUCCUGA